AAAAGCCAAAAAAUCGUCGAAUCUUCAACCAAGCCGUCUUGCACGCAUCGCUGCGUGUUCGGAUACAUUCUCGGAUUCCAUUAGGAGUCACAGUUAUGAUUAUCCGGACGUCCAGAGCCCUAAUCCUUGAUAGCCGUUGCCGUUUACACAAUCGAUCAUGAAUUGAUCCUGGUUGUGUCCAUCAUGCGUUCUCAAGCACAGCCUUGACCUUUGACUGCUUAUUCUCGAAUGACCGUUACGGUGCAGUAGUUUUCCUAAGCUCAAGAUUCAAGAGAUCGGCUUUUGGUUUGGUGAAGAUGAUAAAUACUCGUGAUUCUCAUUCGUACGCUUGCGAUGAAUGCAGGCUGCGAAAGUCAAGGUGCUCGAAGGAACGGCCGUCUUGCAUGCAAUGCAGACAGCUGAAUAAACAAUGCAACUAUAGCCCCAAAAUAGCUAGGAGCCCUCUUACACGGCAGCAUUUAACAUAUGUGGAAGAGCGCUUGCGAGCCUUUGAAACUGCUCUGGGGAGGUUGUUCCCCGGAGGCGAUUUGGAUGCCGUUGUCAAUUCCCUAUUGCAAGGUCGAGAUUGCCAGCCAAACCCUGGGACACCUUCCAAGCCUUCUUCUAGACAUUCAACGCCGAUCAAACCAGAUCCCGAUGGUGCAGAAGCAGCCCCAGAAGCCUUACCGCAACAAGCUGACGGGUUUGACUGGGCUGAAAAAGGGCUGUCCCUUGGUGAAUUGACAGAUGGCAUGGCCGCUUUGUCCAUUAGGCCUGAAGGAGCAGGAUAUUUUGGGGCGUCAUCGAGUGUUGUUCCUCUCCGAGCAUUGUUAAAGUAUGGUUUUGACCUUAAUUUCGAGGGUAAUUCGGCAAAGCCGCGUAGUCUCCGCCCUGAGACAGUGCCAUUGAAGGCGCAACUUCUGAGUACUGCGCCAUCCGGUGUUAUUGAACAGGCAUUUAUUGAUGCGUACUUUGCCAAUUACCAUACCACUUAUCCUUUUGUCCAUGAGGCGACCUUCAGGGCUCAAUUUUACGGGCAAAUACCGCGUCCACAUGGCCAGGCAUGGCAAAUACUUCUGAACACAAUUUUAGCUCUUGGGGCUUGGAGCAUCGGGGAUGACAACUCAGAUAUUGACAUCACCUUCUAUCAAGAGGCUAGAGGGCAUCUACAGCAAGUUUCUGUCUUUGAGACGGGUAAUCUAACGCUCGUCCAGGCGUUGUUGCUCUUAAGCAACUAUGCACAGAAAAGGAACAAGCCAAACACUGGAUGGAACUUUCUUGGAUUAUCAGUACGAAUGGCAAUGAGCCUUGGUCUCCAUAAAGAAUUCCCCGGAUGGAAGAUCAGUCUCCUUCAGCGGGAGGUCAGACGGAGAUUAUGGUGGGGUGUUUACAUCUUCGACAGUGGCGCCGCCAAAACAUUUGGUAGGCCUAUCCUAUUACCCGAAGAAAGUGUGAUGGACGCAAGGCAGGUUCUCAACAUUCACGAUGAAGCCCUCACAUCAACUACAACGGCGUUGCCCUCUGAGGUGGAUGGACCGACGAUAUACUCGGGUUUAAUUGCACAGUCCAGGCUGCAUAUUUUGACAAAUAGUGUCUAUCAGCGGCUGAUUUCGAGCCCAAGCCUCACGCCCGAGGAGACACUGGAUCUUCAAAAGCCCAUGGAGGAAUGGUACGACGGUUUGCCUGAUUAUUUUAAACAGCAAACUUCACCCCAGGAGCCAGAUUACAUUUCUUUUGCUCGUUGUCGCUUGCGGUGGCGUGAUUGGAAUUUAAGGAUUCUUCUCUAUCGUCCCAUCCUUCUGCGCUGGGCGUCCAGGCGGUGGACGCGUAACGCAUUAGCUAAGGAUGAAGACCUUCUAGAGUCAAAGUGCAGAAUUCUCUGCUUGCAGCAUUCCCGAUUAACUAUUUCAUCUAUAUCUGACUUCAUGGAUAGUCAGAUUUGUACGAGAUUAAGAGCUUGGUAUAUGCUGUACGUUUGUCUGCUCAUUCGUUGCAGCCAUGAUUAUAACCCCGCUGGGUUUCUUCUUUUUCAGGCACUCCCCCCUCUUUUUUACUAACAACGUCCGUGUAGGUACUUCCUUUUUCAAGCUGGUGUGAUUCCCAUCUUAUUGCUCAUGACGGACCCUACUAGCCCAGAUGCUCCCUCUUGGUUCCGGGACGUUGAAACCACGAAGGCACUCUUGUCGCACCCAUCUCUAAGUAACAAUAGACUGGCCAGUCGCUGCUUGGAGGUGGUUAACCGUCUAUGCUCGCCUACUUUCUCUGAUUCUUCCUUUAGCGGACCAGGUAGUCAACAGCCAUUUCUGAUGCAGUGCCCAGAUCAAUUGUUUUCCCAGGCUCCUUUCGGUGGCAUGUUUCCGGAUGUUGAUCAGGAACUCAGCAUGAAUAAUCUGGAAUUUUCAGAUUGGUUUAAUUUCACCGGAAACAAUGAGAUGCCAUGAGCUAUGGAAAUUUCACAGUUCAGAUUUUGGCUGGUCAAACCGUGGCGCAGUUUACUCUCAAUCACUGAUACAAAUUAAGGGAGGGGCAAUAUUGACCGGCCACCCUUAUGCCAAAGACUAGGGGAGGACAAUCUGAUACUGCCACCCGAGUUUGAGACUGCGACAGUCUAAACUUUAGGAUGCGCUUGUCAGAUAACUCUUUUGUAUUCGGACAGCAUCCCGUCUUAUCCCACAAUUGCUCUUUUGGUACUGCAUCCUGUCAGCCAUCUCGCAACAGCCAAGGCUUAACUCGGGAAUAUCCAUAUUGAAGCACCAAGUGCACUCGACGUUUUCGCCGGUUGCUGCAUGAGUGGCGAGAAAGUGAAAAGGUGAAGGUCUCCUAAUAACGGAGCCUUUUCGUAAAUGAUCAAGCCUUAAGAUACGCCUGCAGAAAUCCAUUGCAAAACGUGGGAAGGCCGUGGAAAUGUUUACAGGAGAGUUCUGCGAUGAGAUAUGCGAGCCACUGCAUUUGAACAUGGACGAUGCAUAGGAAAUGUUUGGAAACUUAUGACUAUAUACAUUAUUUCUACAAGUUACCUGUUUCUAUAGACAAGAGGCGUUGGUUUGAUUGUUAGAAGCUAGUUAUGACAAUGUUGCAAUGCGUAUAUAUAGUACCUAACGAAG